GACCCGAUUUUGUUGACCGGGACGACUUGGGCGAUGACUAACCGAAGCUUGGCCUAUUAAGCCCAAGGCCCAGCGGCUAAGCUACGUGCAAUCUACAGACUAGACUACAGAGAUCAGCUCAGAGAGGUGAAUUUUCUUUAGCGCAAUCAUGACGACAUCUCAAGGAGUUUACAAGUACCCUGAUGGUGAAGAAUACAAAGGAGAAUGGUUGGAAGGAAAGAGGCAUGGUGUAGGAGAGCUGUAUCUGUCCGAUGGAUCCAAAUACAGCGGUCAGUUUGACGGUGGACUCUGCUUUGGACAUGGGACUCUACUCUUUGCUGAUGGAUCAAGGUAUGAGGGUCAGUUCCAACAGGGCAAGUUUGAUGGUUUGGGGGUGUUCACACGCCCUGAUGGCAUGCUGUUUGAAGGAGAAUUCAAGCAAGGGAAGGUGAACGGACUAGGGUUGUUGACAUUUGCUGAUGGUACCCAUGGUCUGCCAAGGAACGAAGGACUGUUCGACGGAACGCGGUUGGUGGAGAGGCAGCGUGCCAAAGAGAUUGUAACGAAAGCCAAACAAGCUGCCCAGACUGCCAAGAAUGUUCAAGUCAGGGUAUAAUGUACACUUUGGAAAACAAUUAAGUCCGAACCCCAUCAAGGACAUAGUUCUAUAUCUUGUGUAGGCUCUUCAUUAAGGCCUUGUUCAUGUAUGAUGUGGCAAACCAUCUCAAAAAAAUCUUCUGAAGCAAAGUUAUGAAAAAACAUGUAUGUGACAGUGCUUCAUAUUUAUUCAUGUUGUAACUCAUAGAUGUGGGGGGGGGGGGGUAUGCUUAGGGGCACUUUUUGAGAGCAGCCAUUUUUGUUUCACCCUCACUUGCCAUUCAAUUUCAGACUUCAAUUUUUUAUAUUUUUUUGUUGAUUUGGUGGUUUUGUGAGGUGGGUAACUGUUUGUUUGUUGUGUAAACAGGGCCUUACUUUUGACAUUAAGUAUGAAGUAUAUAUGCAAGGUGCAUGAGCAGAGAUAGCACACUAUUCUUGAUGCUUAAAAUCGCUCAAAUAAAACAAGCGUGGCUAAAUAACCCAUUUAUGUGUACUAGGGGGAUGUUUCACAAAGAUCCUAAGUCAAAC